GCGAGCGCAAGAGGUGUUUGAGCCGGGCCCGAGCGAGGAACACCGUCCUAACCGAGAGCAGCUUCUCGUUCUCGUCCGAGAGCGAUUCCUUUGCGAGCCCGGCCCCGCCUCCAUCCGCGCAGAUCUCCAGGCAACGAGCUUGCCGAGGCGCACCCGCCGUUGAGCUCGAUCUUCUCGAGCACGCACCGCGGCGUCCGCCCCGCGGAGAGUGCGCGAGCUCGCCGUCGCCGCGCAACGCUCCUCCUCCAUCUUCCUCACUCGUCCCACCGCUCUUCCCGCCAGCGCCUGCUCCUCCGGACGUGCGACCUGACCGACGGCUUCUCGACUCGGCGCAGCUAGAGGCACACGCUCCUCGCCGCCUCUCGCACCUUCCCUCGUCGUCAUCCGUCCGCCGACACGCCGCCAGAACCUCGCGCCCCGAUGCCCGUCGCUCGCCACGACCCGGCGGCGACCGCGAGCGCGGCGGCGGUCAGGCCCAGCUCGGGACGCGGCGGCGCCGUCGUCGGCGCGUCGGGCACGGCCUCGACGACCUGGUCCUCGGCCGACGACGACUCGCUGCUGCUCCUCCGCCUCGACGGCCACACCAAGCCCGUGUGCGCCGACCGACUGAGCAAGACGCUCGACUCGGUCACCGAGCGCCUCACGCACCUGUACGCUACUGGCCGCCUCGCCGCCGCGCUCAAGCCCUGGACCGCCGAGAACGACCAGCAGCUCGCCCGCCUACACCAGGCCAAGCCCGUCGGCGACAUCGCCCAGGUCGUCGGCCGCCCGACAAUCGCCGUCGUCUGGCGCAUCGACGUCCUCCGCAAGCCAGGCGGGCUGCUCGGCGCGAGCUCGGCGCGAGCGAGGGCAGCGUCGCGCCCGAGCGAGCUUGUCGCGAGCGAGGGCCCGGCGGCGAGCACGCGCGAGGCGGCGAGCGGCAUUGGUGGGGACGUCGAGGGCGAGGGACGAGGCGCGUCGCGCGCAGCCGGCGAGCAGCGGCAGCAGGGCGAGCGCGGAGGAGGCGGGGCAACGUCGAUUUCGCCGUCGGAGACGAAGAAGGGCCCCUAUUCAGCCGAGGAGGACGCCGUCAUCAUCCAGUUGCGUGCGGGCGGGCGCACCUUCGCCGACAUCGGCCAGCAGAUCUCGAGGUCGGCGAGGAGCGUUACCCAGCGCUUCACGAUCCUCAAGGGCAAGGGCAGGACCAGUGCUCCUCCAGGGUACAGCGAGGCCGCCCCGACGCCGACGGCCAAGAUCCCUUCCCUCCCUAUCCCUUUCCUCGCCCGAGACGACGCCUCGACCACCUCCGCAUCCACGUCAACGGCCUCGCCCGCCGCUCCUUCGACGCCCGCACCCGCCGCCAACCACUCGCCGUUCCCGACCGACCCGACCGACUCGCCGAGCGAGCUGUUGGACGACGCCGUCAUCGUCGGCCUCCUCAAGCGUGGGCGUGACUACGCCACGAUCGGUGCGGCGCUCGGCACGUCGAGCCGGAGCGUCGCCGAGCGGGUCGACGCGAAGCGCAGCGACUGGCUCAAGCACGGCCUUCUCCUGCCGUCCUCUCUGCUCGCGCAACCAGUCGGCUCGCCCGACAUUUCUCUCGGCAAGCGCUCUCGCCUCGACGACGCGAGCAACCGCCAAACCGCAGCCGCCCACACGCCCGCUCCCGUCGCUGCAUCCGGCGGGGCCGCCGAUGGGGCCGUCGCCGGGCCCGUGCCGCGCAAGCGCCUGCGCAAGAGGUGGUUCACCGCGUCGGCCGAGUACGCCAAGGCCAUAGCGGCGGCGGGGCGGCUCGCCAAGGCGUUCGAGGAGGACCUCGCCCUCGCUCGGGCUCAGGAGGAGGGCGCGGACGAGGGCGAGGGCAAGGGCAAGGAGGUCUGAGGAGGGCGUCGAGAGAGAAUGGGGUUGGCGCGCUUGUGCGCCGCCGCUUGUGUCAAAGCUUGCUAGUCCUGUCAAGUCUGCUGUGCACCUCGCUUUAGCC